GGCCGGGGGCGGGCCCCGGCCUGAGUCUGCCUUUUAACCCCGCAGGUGCCUCCACCAUGGCAGCGGCCGAAGUGCCCGGCUAUCUUGUGUCCCCCCAGACGGAGAAGCACCGGCGCGCCCGCAACUGGACGGACGCGGAGAUGCGCGGGCUGAUGCUCGUGUGGGAGGAGUGCUUCGAGGAGCUCAAGCAGACCAAGCGCAACGCCCGCGUCUACGAGAAGAUGGCCAGCAAGCUCUUCCAGAUGACCGGCGAGCGGCGGCUGGGCGAGGAGAUCAAGAUCAAGAUCACCAACAUGACCUUCCAGUACAGGAAAUUAAAAUGCAUGACAGAUAGCGAGUCAGUUCCGCCCGACUGGCCCUAUUUCCCAGCCAUUGAUAGGAUCCUGGCCAAGGCUCCCGAGUCCUGUGACGGGAAGCUGCCCAACAGCCAGCAGCCGGGGCCUUCCACGUCCCAGACCGAGGCGUCCCUCUCGCCGCCCGCUAAGUCCACCCCCCUGUACGUCCCGUACAGCCAGUUCUCCUACGAAACCCGCUGCGAGGACCACGGCUCUGACAGCUCUUCCAGCUUACUGUCCCUUAAGCUCAGGUCGGAGGAGCGGCCCGCCAAGAAGCGCAAGGUGCGGAGCUGCCCGUUCCAGAAGAAGAAGCUGCGGCUGCUGGAGGCCAUGCUGGAGGAGCAGCGCAAGCUGAGCCGCGCCGUCGAGGAGACGUGCCGCGAGGUGCGCCGCGUGCUCGACCAGCAGAACAUCCUGCAGAUGCAGAGCCUGCAGCUGCAGGAGCGCAUGAUGAGCCUGCUCGAGAAGCUCAUCGCCAAGUCCGCCGUCUAGGCCCCGCCCACUACCUGCCGCCGGCGCCAGGCCCCGCCCACCACAGGCGCCAGGCCCCGCCUGCUGCCCCCAGUACACGGCCACUGCAAACACCAGGCUCCGCCCUCUGCCUGCAGGACACGCUCACCACCCGCGGGAGGUGACAGCAGGGCACGCCCACUGCAGCUACGGAGGAACACAGCCGCUGACCGGGCUGCUCUUACCAUCUACAGGACACGCCCACCACCGCACCAGACUCCUCCCGCUUGGAGUGCGGGAUAGUGCCCACUGCCCACAGGUCAUGGUGGACGCCAGGCCCGGGCUGAUACAGGACACGCCCACAAUGGGCACCAGACUCUGCCCACCCGGGGGUGCAUGACGCACCCUGCAGCCCGACUCCUUCCCCUGCCCCGCCACGGACGCCAAACUGCCCACAGCCUGCAAGACACAGCCGCCAGGCCUCGCCCACCACCACCACUGGACCCUGCCGAAUGCCAGCAGGCUGUGCCUACUCUCAGCCCCCGCCCACCAUGGAGGUCUGGACAAGCCCAGGGCGACAGGCUCUGCCCACCAUGGACAUCAUCAGGACCACGUGGGCUCCAGCUGGCGCCAAGUGAGGAGGCUCCCCCGGGGGCUCUGGUGUGUCAUUUCACCACGGUCGGUCAGUUCUGACUGGAAACUGCGCCAUGCAGGUGACCAGUUCUCUGCAGGGACCUUGUCCUGUCCUCCGCAGGCUGUGGGGGUUCCCGAGCCCUCAGCACAGACCCCAGAGAGAACCCUAGCUCCACUGCCUGCUACUGGCCCGUGGGGCUGUGUGCUGGAGGCCCCUCAGCGAUCAGGAAUAAACUUCGACUCGCAGCUCCA